UUUUGUUUAUUAAUCAGUUAUUUCCUUUAAACAGCAACAGAAAAACUCUGUUCAGGAGUAAGGGAGACGACAGCCAACUUAGUGCUCGAGAAAUGUGGAACAGAGGUGGAUGAUGAUGAGGUGUUGGCAGAACUUAGUGGAGAAGUCUUCCUGCUGUUGGUCGAUGGGGAAAUUUACACUCCUCAGCAAAUCCCUGAUACUCCAGAUGUGAUGGGCGCAUCUACUGCAGGGGAAAUAGUUCAACCCAACUGCAGUCAUGGUGGCACAGAGACAGCAAGCAGCAGUGCAAGUGAUCCACAGGCAUCAUCUAGAUCACUAUCAUUCGGAAUGCCAGAACUGUCAAGGGCAACCAGGGAUGGCUUGCUACAAGGAGAUAAAUCAAGGCAGCUCUGGUUGCAGCUGAUUGAAGAGUGCAAGAACUACUACAUGAAAUAUUGCACCCUAAUUGAUGAAAACCCUUAUGGGGCAUACAAGAUAAUUGGGCAGAAGAUGUUGGCUGCAUACCCUAGCAUCGAGAGGGAAGGAAAACAGAAAUGGAGCCAGUUUGCAAGAGCGCUCAGCCAGAGUGUACGUAGUGAGCGUUUUAGACGUAAAAGGAAAAGCCUGCCUGUUACCCAGCAGCAACAAGUACCACCUAAAAGGUUCUCCCUUUCAAGAAACAUAGUCACAGACAUCACCACUGCCCUUCCAGAAGAAGAGUUUAAUAAACAUGUUCAGGAACUCCAGCAGGAAUGGGGAUCUCAGAGGUGUAAUACUUCACACAUUGACAUGCUUUUCAAGGAAACUUACUGCAAUAGGAGGCAGUGGUUGCCACAGCUACCUACUGGGAGGCUGGCACCAAUACUGGAGAAAUUCCCAUGUUUUGAAGAGGGAAGCUAUGUCCUACAAGAGGUGGAGCGCAUGAUGCUGACAAAAAGUACAGCAUGGAUUGACAGACUUUCAAAAAUCAUAGAGGUCUUGCGUGACAGAUUACCAUCUCCUAACACAUGUAACAACAUUAGUGAUGAGCAUGUCGUGGAAGUCAUGAAGUUUAUUGAAAAAUCUGUUGCUUUUAAGAAGGGCAAAGGUGUAAAAUCAAAAUCUUGCAUUACAAUUGCAGAUUUUGAUAUAUCGGACGCAGACAAAAGUCACCUGUGCUCUUCGUCAGAUCUAUCCCCUCCUCGCAUUGUGGUGUUUAUGGAUGGUAACAAAUGUGUUGAUGGGUAUAUUGUAGGAGAUAAUUGUAAGAUUAGGUGCAGGAAUAUGAACAAUGUUGGAGUAAUUUUCAUCACAUUCCUGGCUUGUUACUAUUGCUUUGAUUUCUCAUAUCCCCGGAUUUACUCACAGUUCUUGGGCUUCCUGCAACAAUAUGUUAUGCAUGACCCAUAUUGUCAUGAGAAGUCAUCUGACCACAAGCACUUCAUUGCACAAUAUCAGAGUCUCUUUGAAAAGUGAAUCUGAAGUUCGUAUUCAUAGACGUUCAGCUCCCUCACUACAGCUGCUUGCAAAGGUCUACAUAAUAAGUUUUGGAGAUUGCUUGGGUGUCUCACUAAAGCCCUUAUGCUUACAUGUUCAAAUACCUCACUACACCUUUUCAAUACACCAAAAUUAAAUCCAAAUCUUUUUCUCUAGCCAUUCGGAAAUAGCUGUAGUGAGGGACCUGAGCGUCUCAGGAUACGUGCCUAAGUGAUAUAUGUUCAUAUAUUUUAGGGGCACCAGACACUACUAAACCCAUCAAUUAUUUGAAUCCAAUUUUGAUUUGGUAAUAGUGUAUGUGGUAAGAUGAGGCAGGAAAAUGUCACAAAAAGAAUAAUUAGUUAGUAUUCACUUAUAGGCAAUUUUAAAUGUUUUGGUAACAAAAUAUAACUGGUGAAUUCAAUAUUUUUCCUUGUAGAACUGUAAGUUUGUCACUGAAAUGCUUUCAAAUUUUGUUAACAGAUUGGUGGCUAAACAUUUAUUUAUUUAUAUGGUGUUUUGUUAAGUAGUAUUAAGCAGUCACAUGUAACUAACCUUAAUCUUUUCACAUUGCAUGUAAUCAAAAUUUAUUUUCAUUAAAUACAACUACUCAUAAAACAUCUUAGAAAUGUGUAAAUAGACCUCAAAAUGUGUUUACAAAAUGUCAGUUCCUUAAAGGUUUCUAUGAGAAGCUAAAGUUCUCCAGCUGUAUCAAUUAAAUAUUAUAUCGGUAUUUACUCACGAACUCAUGCGUAUGCAGUGAAGUGCUCUUUCUUUCUUAUGUUGGUUUGAUAUCAGUUAUGUUCUUCAAACACUUGCACAACACCACACACUGAUUUUCUGAGGCCAUGAUAUUGAGAAUCAUUAUAUUGAUUCAUUAAAAAGGAUUCGUAGUUGGACUCUUCAACCUGAAUUUUUGUAGUUUUCCAAACUGCAUUUUUUUUUUAUUAUUACACAAUGAGCUUGCUAUUUGAUGUAGUUUUCAUGCAGCUUAAAUGCAAGAUUAUGAUUCUUUACUAUAAUUCAUUUUUACAAAUUGUUAAAUUUAAGGACAAAUUUAUGGUUUUCUAAUUAGUCUCCUGUAUAAUAUGUAUAUUUAUAAAUGGUAUAUUGAAAAAAAACCUUAGCUUCAAAGAAGUUUUGGACCAGUUUUCCUCUAUCACUUUAUACAUUUAUUUGUACAGAUAUGUCAAUAGAUAAUAUUUGAAUGUACUUACUCUUUUAAAGGAAUUUUCAAAUUUAUACAUACAUGCACAUAUAUCACCUAGAAUUAAGUAUCGGAUCUGUUUCCAUUGCCAUAUGCAUGCUGCAUGUGAUGUUGCUAUCCCAUGUCUUCUAUUUUAGAUACAUAAGGCAUUAUAAGUUUGAAUUUAUUUUGUCAAGAUUUGCUAUGCAUAGGAAUUAAGAUUUUAUUCUGCAUGAGG